CCCUCAUUCACAUCAGAAAUGGCAAAGAUUCCAUUUUGGAAAGUCAAUCUCUUUUUGUAUAGAUAUAAAAUAGCAAAAGUACGGUUCGGAGUCUUUUCUUUCUUAUUUGAAAUCCAAAUCGAAAUGCCUCAACUUGAUAAAUUAACUUAUUUCUCACAAUUUUUCUGGUUAUGUCUUCUCCUCUUUACUUUUUAUAUUCUCUUAUUUAAUAAUAAUAAUGGAAUACUUGGAAUUAGUAGAAUUCUCAAACUACGGAACCAACUGCUUUCGCGCUGGGGGGGCGAGAUCCAGAGCAAGGACCCUAAGAAUCUGGAAGAUAUCUCGAGAAAAGGUUUUAGCACCGGUCUCUCAUAUAUGUACUCCAGUUUAUCCGAAGUAUCCCAAUGGUGUAAGACCGUCGACUAUUUGGGAAAAAGGAGGAAAAUCACUCUGAUCUCUGAUUUCGGAGAAAUAAGUGGCUCACGAGGAAUGGAGAGACAGAUUCUCUAUUUGAUCUCGAAGUCCCGAUAUAACACUUCUUCCAGUCGGAUCACUUGUUGGAAAAACAUAAUGCUCACACAUGUUCCACACGGGCAAGGAAGCAUAGUAUUAUGAUGAAAAUGAAUGGAAUACUCGGCAGAAUAGGAAUAUUCCUAUUAAUGAUUGUGACAGCUUUUAUAGGAUACGUACCACCUUGGGGUCAGAUGAGCUUUUGGGGAGCAACAGUAAUUACAAGCUUAGCUAGCACCAUACCAGUAGUAGGAGAUACCAUAGUGACUUGGCUUUGGGGUGGUUUCUCCGUGGACAAUGCCACCUUAAAUCGUUUUUUUAGUCUCCAUCAUU